UACAUUAAUGAAUCAAUCACGAAGAAAUAGUUAAUAUGAUCCGGAUUAAACGGUGCUUUAAUUUUCAGGCCAAAAUGUAUCUGACGUUAGUGAUGGCAGCCCUAUGCAUAUCACAUUCCUACGCAGAAGGAAACAAUACUCUUCCAAAUACAGUUAAGUCACCAACGAACUCAAGCGAACCGAUCGGCUGUGUUUGUGCUGUAUUCUUAAGUGGACAGUUCAAAAAAGGCAGCAAAGAGCAGCCUAAGGGCAAUCCCGCACUUCUCCAUGAGCAUCCUGAUUCACUUCCGUGCAAUGCUAUGGGGAACAAGCUCUGCACUAAUAAGUGUCUCGAUGCUAUAGUGAAACACCUGCCGAACAGUGCUGCGAUUCUUUGCGCUUCCAUCGACCGUGACUGUCAUAAAGAAAGAGCUUAUCUCUUCAUCAAGAAUUGCAAGGACGAAUGGACGAACACGAAUCUUUCUGCGGGCCGAGAAUACUGCUGCAAGGAUGGCCUGUCGUACAAAUGCCACUGAAAUUGAUAUUGAAAUUCACGACACAUUUUUGCACGACUCUAAUUUAUAUGUUAUAGAAGAUUCAACUGACGUUUAAUAAUAUAAUAAAUAUACAUCGACCCGACGUCCGUGAGUACUUUGAAUGUCCCUCCACUCGCUCUAAAUA